AUGACGGAAUCGAUUCAAUAUUUUUCGCCCAAACGCAAACGUGAGCCCUCUGAAUCAGACUACUGCAGUCCAUCUCCAUCAACAGCCUCCGACCAUUCUAUUGAGGGCUUCUCCGAGGGUCGCGGUGUCGAGGAAACAGAUCUAGGGAGCCAUAGCCCACGCACGGCUGUAGCGGGCCGUUUCCAGAAUUUGGCCAUUAGGAGCCAAAUCUACACGACACCAGGUGAUCCGAGCCAGCUGUCACUUUCGACGAGACCCCGCUGGUCUGAGCUCGCAUCAUUCGGAUCAGAAAGCAGAGAAAGAAACCCGGUUGGUGUAACUCAAUCUGCCCCGGUAUCCCGCAGCGAAGGUACCGGGACUGAGAGCUUCCAGUCCAGUAUCAGCACCAAGUUUGACGCACGAUUCAGCUUGGACAAUGUAACAGGUACACCCGUUGCAAUGCCUCCGAAAAGAAGGCCAAUGUCACCUUCAAUAUCGCACUCAAGUUCCACCUACCAAGCUCCAAAUCCCCGAAUGUCUCCCCCAACUUCAACUGGGUCUCGAGACAACCCGCUCACAUGGCAUGAUCAUGAAAUCACGGGACAUAAUCCAACGGACCCCAAUGAUGAUGGAUAUGGCAUCAACGGCGUGGGUUUCAAGCCAACCGCUGCUAUUGCAUGGGCCCGGUCUCAGAAGCGCCAGCGGCAGGUGGCUGAAUGGAGGUCUCGCGAAGCUCGUGAAGCACGGCAAAAACGCCGGGAGAGACGACACCAAAUUCCAAAUGGUGGAGAACCCCUUAGUUCAGAAAGACCCAUGGCCCCGAAACGGGUAAAAUUCGAUGAUCAGGGCAGCGGCUGA